AAUAUAUGAAUCUUCUUUGAUUGAUCCACUUGAAGCAUGCUUGCUGGAACAUCCUUCGUUGUUAGAGGCGAAUGAUGAUAAUUCUGAAAUUUCUGAGAUAGUUAAUUUGUUGAAUUCUUCACAGGUUCUUGAAAUAAAGGAAUGGAGACAAAAAUUUGAAGAACUUCCACCAAGAACCAAUCCACCAAUUCCAUCUAGUGAAAAACCUCCCAAGCUUGACUUGAAGUAG